CUUCACUGCAGUAUCCAGACUAUACAAGACCACGGCUGCUGCGCCACUGAUAGGCUCAGAUACUUAAAGAGAGACAGCGACCAGACCCUCCCUCUCUCUCUGUUUCACAAGCUCAUUCUGCUGUCGUAGAAGCUUCAGGCAGCACAUGCUCAGUGGCUCCUUCUCUCUGUGUGUCUGUCCUGCUGUUUCUGUCAGCAUUUCAGGAUCAGAGACUGACUCUUCUGCACUGUUCUCUGCAUGACUGUCACAAAGAUGUCAUGGCGGCCGACCUACCGGAGCUCCAAGUUUCGAAACGUCUAUGGCAAAGUGGCCAACCGAGAGCACUGCUUCGAGGGCAUCCCGAUCACAAAGAACGUCCAUGACAACCACUUCUGUGCGGUCAACGCCAAGUUCCUCGCCAUAGUGACGGAAAGCGCGGGAGGAGGAUCUUUCGUUGUAAUCCCGGUCACUCAGUUUGGCCGUAUCGACCCUCACUAUCCAAAGGUAUGUGGUCACCAAGGAAAUGUGCUGGACAUCAAAUGGAAUCCUUUCCACGACAACAUAAUCGCAUCUUGUUCAGAGGACUCAUCUGUGCGAAUAUGGGAGAUUCCUGACGGUGGACUGAGAAGGAGUUUGACAGAGUCUGUAUUAGAACUCUAUGGCCACAGCAGGCGUGUGGGCCUCAUCGAGUGGCAUCCAACAACUAGCGGGAUUCUCUUUAGUGCUGGCUAUGACUACAAGAUCCUGAUUUGGAAUCUUGAGAUCGGAGAGCCAGUGAAAAUGAUCGACUGCCACUCAGAUGUGAUUCUGUGUAUGUCAUUUAACACAGAGGGCAGCUUGCUGGCCACCAGCUGCAAAGACAAGAAACUUCGUGUCAUUGAGCCACGCUCAGGCAGAGUUCUGCAGGAGGCCAACUUUAAAAACCACAAAGUGAAUCGUGUUGUGUUCCUAGGCAACAUAAAACGACUCCUAACGACAGGUGUGUCUCGCUGGAACACACGCCAGAUUGCUCUCUGGGACCAGGAGGAUCUGUCCAUGCCGAUCAUUGAAGAGGAGAUUGAUGGUCUUUCUGGACUACUUUUCCCUUUCUAUGAUGCAGACACACACAUGUUGUACUUAGCAGGCAAGGGUGAUGGGAACAUCCGGUACUAUGAGGUCACACUGGACAAACCCUACCUGCAGUACCUCAUGGAGUUCAGGUCCCCUGCACCACAAAAAGGCCUUGGAGUGAUGCCGAAGCAUGGACUGGAUGUAGGAGCAUGUGAAGUCUUUAGGUUUUAUAAGUUGGUGACUCUAAAGGGCCUGAUUGAGCCCAUCUCUAUGAUCGUGCCUAGAAGGUCGGAGACGUAUCAGGAGGACAUUUACCCCAUGACUCCUGGGACAGAACCGGCUCUGUCUGCUGAUGAGUGGCUCAGUGGCAUCAACCGAGGCCCCGUUCUCAUGUCCUUAAAAGAGGGCUACAACAGACCCAACAAGCUGGUGUUCAAAGCACCCGUGAAGGAGAAGAAGGGUGGAGUGGUCAAUGGCAUUGACCUGCUAGAAAACGUGCCUCCCCGUACAGAGAAUGAGCUCUUGCGGAUGUUCUUCAGACAGCAGGAGGAGUUGCGUCGACUGAAGGACGAACUCACACAGAAGGACAUUAAGAUUCGACAGCUGGAGCUGGAGCUCAAUAACAUCAGGAACAGCCCGAACAUCAACAACAACAAUAACAACAGCAAUGGUAGCAGCAUUUGACACAGAACUGUUGAUUUCCUGAAGUGACACACUACAAGCUCCAAACACUGCUGAAACACGGGCUUCCUCUUUCCUAACACUCAAAUAUCCUUCCUUCAAGACCGCAGGAGAGCCGGCGCUUGUCUUCAUAAAGCAGUGUUUCAAUCUGACCGCAGUGUUGACCCCACAGCUGCUGUGUGCUAAGUUGACUUUACUGGAGCGAUGAUUCACUAACCUGGUGAAAAAUCUCCUAUCACAUGACCUUCAGUCACACUACGGGUCAACCUGAAGUGGUUUUGGUACAAGCUAUCCAUUGCAUUUUCAUCUCACAAUUGUAGACAUUACUAGAUUGAAUUAUUAGAAUUAUUUAUUUUUUUCUUUUUUUUUUGCGCUACUUCUAAACAGCUUAAUGACCCCAUAUAGAGAUAAAAAAUGAGUAAGACGUGCUUCCCCCAUCCAGCUGUUAUCUCUUGUAAACAUUAGGUCUAUUGCAUCAUUAUGAUAUGACCCACAGUGCUGUUUUAAAGGGAUAGUUUACCAAGCAAUGCUUGUUGCAAAUUUGUACAAAUAUUUUUAAUUCUGCUCCACACAAAAAAAGUAGUAUGCUCAGCAGGCACCUUGAUGUCAAAACGACAUCAAAAACACAUCAGUAAUGUCAGUUGACUACCUUGAUGUCAAAACGACAUCAAAUUGGUAUCUAAAAUAGGUGUCAAAACCAGGCCAAAAUCUAUUACAGGACUGUCAUGCAGUCCAUUUUUGAUCAUGUUUUGUUUUUCGGUAGCAGUAUUAGAUGUCAAUUUGAUGUAGUUUUGACAUCAAUUUAUUUAAAUCCAUAGGAAUACACAAUUAAGUGUAAAUUUGUUGUUUGAAAUUGAAGCUUUUAGAUUAAUUGGAUUAACUAAACUUUUAGUGUCAUUGUUUUGGUGGUCAAAAUGGAAUCAAUGUGUGAAUGUCAAAUGUAUGUCAAGGUUUUGACAUCAAAUAAUUAAUUAAUUCAUUCAUAUUCUUUUCGGCUUAGUCCCUUUAUUUAUCAGGGGUUGCCACAGCGGAAUGAAC